AUGGAGUGUGUGUUUGACAACAUCCGCAAGCAUCAAAACUCUGUUCACAUCAGAAUCGGCUAUCCUCACGAACGCCCAUUCUUCUGCUGGUCACAGGUAACCGACGACCGACCAACGUUGUUCAAACCUUCCUACAACAAAGCACUGGACCGAACACUUGUUGCCGCUGUUCGAGCUAACUGCCAUGUCCGCUCACUUGAGUUGAGCAUGCAUCACUACAAGUUUGAUGUCCUUCACGAUGCACUGGAACAACUUUUUGAUUCCUCUCGACCACCUCUUAGACUCACCAUCCGCUGCGUCCGUAAGCGCAUCCGAGAACUUCACCACCCUUACAAAAUCAUCUACGAUCAAGCCGACAAAUCUCUGAAGCUUAUUGGCUGUGACACGUACGAAUUGUCCAUGGCCAAAGAAGGAUCGACCAUCAAGCUCACCCUCAGCUUCCUACUUUCUCAAACCACAGAGCUUGUCUUCAAAAACUGCCAUCUCUGCUCGAUCCGCACAUUUCUUGCUCUAAGUGAGACUCUGAAAGAAAACUUGACCAGCAUUCGCAUGCAGCAUUUCCGUCCUUGUCGCUCUGUCUUGCGCAUUGCCAGAGGGCAUUGGUCUGACGUUAUCAGAUCACUUUCUGAGCUUGGUGGACUGAAGUACUUUGUGAUUGAAGACCUUUGCGUUCCUGCUUGGUGGCAUCUCCUCCACCUUCCUGACAACACUGAGAAGCACGAGAUCAGUGGUGAGGAUGUGGCUGAUCAGUUGAAAGCUUUGGCUGCUCUUGUGGCUGAGGAUCCCAGUGAUCACUUGGACUCAUCGGUUACGAAUAUCUGA